AUGGAAAAAGUGGGCGAAUUAAAAAGUCCCGAGUAUCCGUCCGUCCUUGAGAAGCUUCAACCAUUCAAACAGCUCCGACCCAUGAUAGGUAGGCAUUCAGAUACUUCCACAUGCAGCCAGGGGGUCGAGGUGUUCACACACGGGAUCUGA